AUGACGAUGGCAUCUCCCGCAAGACCAGCCCCGGAAGAGCUGGUCACAGUCAUCAUCACAACCUCUCCCACGCCUUCUGCGCCAUCCACCGAGCUCUUGGAGCAGAUUGCCGCCUCUUUCAGAAAGCACUGCGCCUCUCUCAUUCACUGCCGUGUCAUUGUCGUCCUCGACACCUACGAUCACGUCAGUAAGAAGCCGCGACUGAAAAAGGGCCAUGUCACACCCGACAGCGCGGCAAAGUAUGCCGACUAUAAGGCCAACGCCAAGAGGCUCAUUCUCAAGGAGUACUCCUCUACCGAACGGCCUUACGGCACUGGCGAUUUGUUCAAGGCGCAGGAGAAGGCCGAGUUUGGGUCCGGGGCGGCAGCUUAUGCGUCGCAGGACAAUGCGGUGGUGAUGAACAUCACGACGACCAAAGACGGGCGUGUCACGUUUGUUGAGCCGGUGCAGCGGUUGGGAUUUGGGCUGGCGGUUCGGUCGGCGUUGAGGAUGACGGUUACGCCGUAUGUCUGGAUUCAGCAGCAUGACUGGGCGCUGGUGACGGACAUUCCUCUUGGGCCGCUGUUGCAGAUCAUGCAGCAGCACAAGGCCCCGCCUUCAGCAGAGCAGGACAAAGAGAAUAACGAAAUAUUGCCGGAAGCUGUUCGACCUCCGGUUGAAUAUGUCUGCUUCCCGUCGAUACGGAUGAUGGAGUACGCCACCUCAGACCACGUCAUGCUCUACCCUGCUCUUCGCGCGUUGACCCAGCUUCACAAACAAAACUUUACCGUUCAGUCGGAGUUGGAGGACGGGACAGCCGUCACCUCGAGGGUUCCUCUCACGCCUCUGUUUCUCUGGCACGACAAGCCACACCUAGCCUCCACCAGCCACUACCUCAACCAAGUUUUUUACAGCCGAAUCGCCAUCCAGAGGGGCGCCUUCAUCGAGGACACCGUCGGUCAUCUGGCAAGGGACGAGAUGAAGCAAGGAAAAUGGAACAAGUGGGCUUGUUGGCUGUAUUACCCGGACGAAGGGAAGCAUCUGUGUCUCCGGCACCUCAAAGGGAGGACAUGGCGGGGUGUCGAGGCCGAACUAGCGGCCAAGCUGGAGUACAUGCGGUUGAACGGCUUGGACGUCAACGUACAAGUGCCCAAUUGA